CCUCCACGAAUAACCCAACAACCAAAGAAUCAAAAAGUUUUAGAAGAUGAAAAAGUUUCAUUCUUCUGUAAAGCAUCAGGAAACCCAGCGCCAUCAUUCCAUUGGGAGAAAGGGAACAGAAAAAUAAAUCCACGUAGAAACAGAUAUAUUAUAGAAGAAAGUCCACAUUUAACUGUGUUAAGGAUAGAUCCUGUCAAAUCCAAAAAAGACGAUGCCGUGUUUACAUGCGUGGCUGAUAAUGGUCUUGGGGAAGCCAGGGCUAAUGCAACCUUACAAGUUUUUAGAAAAAUGGCAGACACAGAUAUUCCAGUUGGUUAUCCACGUAUUGUAGUUAAUCCUAGUCUUAAAUCUGUAGAAAAGGGUCACAAUGCUUUAAUGAAAUGUGAAGUAGAGGGCAAUCCAGAACCUACAGUAUAUUGGUUAAAGGACUAUCUACCUGUAGAUAUGAGUGAUCCUAGAAUAACAUUAUUAGAUUCAGGUUAUUUACAAAUUAAAUUAAGUCAAGAACAAGAUGCAGGGAAAUAUGAAUGUGUUGCUGAAAAUGAUGUGGGUGUGGCUUAUUCCUAUGCUGCUAUGCUGUAUGUAAAAGUACGAAGAGUCCCACCUCAUUUCUCAAUUCCACCAGAAGAUACCAAAGUUUUACCUGGAGCAGACGUCAAUUUGACCUGUGUUGCUGUUGGCUCACCUAUGCCCUAUGUCAAGUGGAGGCAAGGUGCAGAAGAAUUGACACCAGAGGAAGAUCUACCUAUUGGCAGGAACAUUCUUCAGUUAGAAGAUGUGCGGGAAUCAAAGAAUUAUACUUGUGUAGCUUCAUCUGAUCUGGGAAAUAUUGAAAGCAUUGCAAAAGUCAUUGUUGAAGCAACUCCCAGCCCGCCUGUACAACUCACUGCUUCCGAGAUAACGGCAACUUCUGUAAAAUUGAUGUGGGAAAACCCCAACCCUCGAAGUGUUUUGUCAUAUGUUGUUCAAUAUAAAAUAAAUACAGAACAAGGGAAUAGAUAUAAAGAGAAAACCAAUAUUGGACAAACUGAAUAUAUUUUAAAUCAUCUGAAAGCCUAUACAACUUACAAUAUACGAAUAGUAGCAGUGAAUGAUAUAGGCAGAAGUUCCCCCAGUAAAUCCACCCAAGUUACCACUGGUGAAUUAGCACCAGGAAGUGAACCCAGAAAUGUACGAGCUAGAGCUGCCAGUUCAACUACUAUUGUUGUAUCAUGGAACCCACCCGCUAUACCUAAUGGAGCUAUUCAGGGAUAUAAAGUAUUUUAUACACUCACACCAGAGAAACCUAUAUUUUUCUGGGAGAACCAAGAAGUUACCGAUAACAAUGUGGUUACCACCAUCAGUGACCUAGAACCAAAUGUUACCUACACCAUCACUGUUUUGGCUUACUCCAACAUUGGACAGGGUCCAAUGUCACAUCCAAUACAAGUCUUAACUACCCAAGGUGUGCCAUUCCAACCAUUGAAUCUAAAAGCUGAUGCUAUAUCACCUAAUGAGAUAUUGGUAAUGUGGGAUGCUCCUCAAGAAAAAGAGAAGAUUGAUAGUUAUCAGUUAUAUUAUAAUGAUUCUCACAUGAGACAAAAUAUCCGUAUUAGUAUUUCUCCACCAGAAGAGAAAUAUAAACUUGUUGAUCUAACACCAGACACAGUUUAUCAUAUCCAAGUCUCAGCUAAAUCAGCUCGAGGCGAGGGACCUAAAACACCCACGGUACAAGCUCAAACUCAACCUUUUGUUCCGGGAGCCUCACCACAAGCAGUCAGCGGACGCCCACUCAACGCACAUGAGAUAGAAGUGAGCUGGAAGCCCCCUCCUCGAGAUAAACGUAAUGGUAGACUUGAAGGCUAUAAAUUGUAUUAUAUGAAGAAUGAGGAAGGAAAUAUUGAAACAGACGGCAUUGUCAAACGUUUAAGACCAGACGUAGAUUCCUAUAUUAUUAAAGAAUUAUCAACUUGGACUGAAUAUAAAAUACAAGUACGAGCUCAUACAAGAGUUGGAGAUGGUCCCCUCUCACAACCUAUUCUGGUUAAAACAGAUGAGGAUGUUCCUGGAGAACCACGGAAAGUCACCAUUGAAGUCAUCAAUUCAACAACCAUAUUUGUGGAAUGGCAGCCACCAGCUAAUGCUAAUGGUAUUAUAAGAGGAUAUCAGGUGUAUUAUGUAGAAGUUAAUAGAAAUGAUGAACCCAUAUCUUCUGCUCCCUAUUAUGAUACCUAUUCUGGAGAUAAACGUGAGGCUGUUAUCACAGGACUUAAUCCUGAUACUAGAAUAAUGGUUAAUGUAGCAGCCUAUACUAGAAAAGGAGAUGGUAUUAGAUCUAGAUCUAAAUUGAUAACAACCAAAGGAGCAGUACCAACACCACCUAGAAACCUCCAUCUUGAAUUGAUACAGGAAGAUCCACCCAGAAUUAAGGUUACCUGGCAACGACCUCGAGACACUCAUGGCAAUGUAGAAAACUACAAGGUUAUAUGGGGUAGAUUCGGGGAAAGAUAUGUCGAGAAAAUACUACCGGCAGAAAAGUAUUCUUUUGUAACUUAUUCUUUAGAUAAGGGUACCAAAUAUGAAUUUCGUGUAUUAGCUAAGAAUGAUGUAGAUUAUGGAGAGAGAGCUGUAGAAACUCUGAGUACACCUGAUGGAGCCCCAGCUGGUGCCCCUCAGAAUUUUACGGCUAUAGGAUUAUCAGAGACUAGUGUAAGAUUAACUUGGGAUUUACCAGCCAGAAAUCUUCGUAAUGGUGAUAUAGGAAUGUACCAGAUAACGUAUCAUAAACUAUCAGAUCCUGUUAAUGAGGAAGAUUUAAAUAUUACUGAUACCUAUAUGGAUAUACAAGGAUUAGAGAUGAAUACUGAUUAUAUCUUUAAGAUUAAAGCUUAUACUAGUCGUGGUUCAGGACCUUGGAGUAACAGACUUCAUUUUAGAACAUUUGAUCGCAAAGAUGUUGUUCGCAACUUCCGCGUUACCAUGCGAACACCUAACACUGUCAAAUUAUCUUGGGAUCCGCCAGAGAAGAAGCGAAAUUAUCGUGAAAAUGGUGUGACUAAACAAAUCUUCCAAGAUAAAGAAGAAGUACAAAUUCCAGGACAAUUAACUAUGUGGACUCUCCAAAAUCUUCAACCAAAGAUGCGUUUUAAUUUCAAUAUAUCAGCAUUAUUCCAUGAUGAACCUGGUAUACCUGGUCCUGAUGUACAUAUCUCUACAGAAACACUGAUUGAAGGUAAGACUGUGACUAGAAUAUAUCGUGGUACUAUAACAUUAAGAUUACAGAGAGCUAGUGAGAAGAAUGGUCCUCUCAGUCACUAUAUAGUGGUAGUUGUACCAGAACAACACAGCGUAGCUAAAUAUCCUCAAGAUUUUAUAAUGGAUAAUUUGAUAAAAGAGAAACAAAGUGUAGAUCAACCAGCCUCUCAUCCUUAUAUAGCUGCUAGAUUUGACUCGGAUGCUUUACCUGAUGAAUUUGAUUUGGGUAAUGAACAAGAAUAUGGUGCAUUCUUCAACAGAAGAUUAGAUCCUGAUACAGAAUACAUGGUUUUCUUAAGAGCUUAUACUGUUGAUCCUAGACUAUAUACAUCCAGUGAUUAUUCUGAUAAAUUAAGUUUAGGAGAUAUAGAAUAUGGUGUUAAUGUGGUGCAAGGAGGUUCCAAUGAUAAUAAUAGAAUUGUAGAAGAAAGUGAUGAUGGCAAUACAUUGUUAUUAAUUGUUGCCCCAGCCUGUGCUGGUGGUGUUCUUCUGAUAUUAUUCUGUGCCCUAGUAAUCUUCUUCAUGAAAAAAGGCAAAUCUAAAGGGGCUAUGUUAGAGCCUGAAUCUAAGGUGUUGAUUGAUGCUCCACCAUUCCUAGUUGAUCCAAUUGAAAUGAGAAGACAGCAUUAUCAAACACCAGGAAUGAUCAGUCAUCCACCAAUACCUAUAGAAAGACUAGCUGAACAUAUAGAUAACCUUAAAAAUAACGACAACCUUAAAUUCUCUCAUGAAUAUGAAUCAAUAGAACCUGGACAACAAUUUACAUGGGAUAACUCUAAUCUAGAAGUCAAUAAACCAAAGAAUCGUUACGCUAAUGUUAUAGCUUACGAUCAUUCUCGUGUCAUAUUACAACCAAUAGAUGGCGUACCAGGCAGUGACUAUAUUAAUGGUAAUUAUAUGGAUGGUUAUAGAAAACAGAAUGCUUAUAUAGCUACCCAGGGUCCACUACCAGAAACAUUUGGUGAUUUCUGGAGAAUGGUUUGGGAACAAAGAUGUACAACAGUUGUUAUGAUGACUAAAUUAGAAGAGAGAUCUAGGAUUAAAUGUGAUCAAUACUGGCCAUCUCGGGGUACAGAAACUUAUGGUUUGAUGCAUAUACAGUUAGUAGAUGUUACAGAAUUGUCAACAUACACUGUGAGAACUUUCCAUCUAUCUAGAUAUGGAUGUCCUGAGAAGAGAGAGAUAAGACAAUUUCAAUUUACAGCAUGGCCUGAUCACGGUGUACCAGAUCAUCCUACACCAUUAUUAAUGUUUAUGAGACGUGUUAAAUGUAGUAAUCCACCUGAUGCUGGACCUAUGGUUGUUCAUUGCAGUGCUGGAGUGGGUCGAACUGGUGCAUUUAUUGUUAUUGAUGCUAUGUUAGAACGAAUUAAACACGAGAAAACAGUGGAUAUAUAUGGUCAUGUGACUUGUUUACGAGCUCAAAGAAAUUAUAUGGUACAGACAGAAGAUCAGUAUAUCUUUAUACAUGAUGCUCUAUUAGAGGCUGUACAAUGUGGUAAUACUGAGGUACCAGCUAGAAAUUUAGCUGCUCACAUUCAGAAAUUAACCCAGCCAGAACCAGGAGAGACUGUUACUGGUAUGGAGUUAGAAUUUAAGCGUUUAGCUAAUAUGAAAGCUAGUCCGAAUAGAUUUGUUAGUGCUAAUCUACCUGCUAAUAAGUUUAAAAAUAGACUUGUUAAUAUUUUACCAUAUGAAUCAACACGUGUUUGUUUACAACCAAUAAGGGGUGUAGAUGGCUCAGAUUAUAUCAAUGCAAGCUUUAUAGAUGGGUAUCGAUAUAGAAAGGCAUAUAUUGCUACCCAGGGACCACUAGCAGAAACAACUGAAGAUUUCUGGAGAAUGUUAUGGGAACAUAAUUCUACUAUUAUAGUCAUGUUGACUAAACUACGAGAAAUGGGUCGAGAAAAAUGUCAUCAAUAUUGGCCCAGUGAACGAUCUGCUAGAUAUCAGUAUUUUGUUGUUGAUCCUAUGACAGAGUACAACAUGCCACAAUAUAUAUUACGGGAAUUUAAAGUCACUGACGCCAGAGAUGGUCAAUCCAGAACAAUCAGACAAUUUCAGUUUACUGAUUGGCCAGAACAAGGUGUACCCAAAUCAGGAGAGGGCUUCAUUGAUUUCAUUGGUCAGGUUCAUAAAACUAAAGAACAAUUUGGGCAGGAAGGACCAAUUACUGUACAUUGCAGUGCUGGUGUUGGUCGUACAGGUGGUUUUAUAACUCUCAGUAUAGUAUUAGAAAGAAUGAGAUAUGAAGGUGUUGUCGAUAUGUUCCAAACAGUCAAAAUGUUACGUACACAGAGACCAGCAAUGGUGCAGACAGAGGAUCAGUAUCAGUUCUGUUAUAGAGCUGCUCUAGAAUAUCUGGGAUCUUUUGAUCAUUAUGCAAAUUGA